GUACAAGGUACAUGAAAUGACGAGCAAUUUCAGUGGCAGCUGAAGUAAAUGGUACCUGGCGCGACUAUUCCCAUCUGGGACUAGCGCCCAAUCUCCGAAUUCUUCCAGACAUCGAAUUCCACGGCGGCCACUUUGAAAAAGACCCGGAGAAGUUCAAUUGCGUUGCACCUCUCAACAACACCCCAUCUCAUGGCCUCAUUGCUUCCGGUACGAGCGGCCAGGACCGUCUCCUGCUCCGCAUGUCGCUCCCUCACAUCCUCUGCUCCGGCGCAACUCACCGUCCCUAUCCUUCGCCGUAACUUCUCAACUCCCGCGGAGCAACAACCAGUCGACUAUUCGGACAAACCGCGAUGGUCAUACACGCCUCCUCGCACGAAGGCACCGUUUUCCCUACGUUUUGAUUCCAAAAGGCGCGAUUACCCCGUCAACUCCGACCCCAAGCUGCUCGACCAGUUCUACAUCCGCUUCUUGGGCGAUGACGGCGACAAAGUUCUCUCCGACGAGGUCAAAUGGCUUGCAGUCACGCACAAGAGUUUUGAUCAGGGUCGAAGAGGAUUCAAUGAUCGAUUGGCGUUUCUAGGAAAACGUAUCGUUCAGCUGCAGGCUUCUCUUGCUCUGGCGCAGAGCCCUCCUGGAACCUUUGGCACUGUCACCCCUGAUCCAUAUGGCCGCGAGCCAUUCUCGCACCCUGCCCUGAAGGGCCUUGAUAACCUGACCUCCAACACCAAGAAAUUCAUGACGGACAAAUCAAAGCUCGCUGAAAUUGCGCGGCAAUACGAGCUAGAAGGUGUACUGAGAUGGUCUCCCCGGAAGCCCGAGAACCUCGAAGGUUCAGGAGUCGAGGUCGUCCUUGCGCAUACGCUGUACGCUCUCGUCGGAGCUGUCUCUCUGGAGAAGGGUAACCAGGUCGCCAACAAGGUAGCACGGGAGCGGAUAUUGGCACCUCUGGGGUUCAAGGUGACGGUAUAAGGCCGGGGUUGUUGAGAGUGUGAAAAUAGCCGCAAGAGCAUUUUCAAGGCGUUAUUUUCUGUUCUUGGAUAAUUUUUGAUGUACGAGUUGGGAGGACGGCCUGGGGAAGGGGGUAUAUUACCAUUUUACUUGUACUUUUACUACUACCAGCUUGUGUUAUAUGACGGCAAUACCACCACUUAAAGUCCAGAGAUAUACUAUUGAACCAGU